AAUCAACCCCACAACUUGAUGUUGUUAAGCAUAAAUUAUUAAAGAAAGCACCCUAAAGCCUAAAGUAUACCAUGUGAGAUUAGUUUAAUAUAACAGCUUUAACCAAACAAAUUGGACUACUUUAAAACUAUAACAGAGGAAAGAAGAUAAACCGUCAAAGUUAUUGACAAAAGGGCAAGGGCUAUUCCUGUGAUUUCAUUCAAAUUUCCCAUUAUUCCAGGAAAACAGAAAGAGAAAGUGUGUGAGUGUGACCACACUUGACAGCCGUCUCCAGCCCAUCUCCCCCGCUCCACCUCCCGUUAUAUAUAUCCCUUCUCUCCCUCUCCCUCUCCCUCUCCCUCCACCACCACCAGCAGCAGUAACACCAUCACCACUAGUACCACCACCCUCCACCGCCACAAUGUCGGUCCCUCAUUUUCUAUCAGUACUCCUUGCGACAUUUGUUAUAAGCUCCAUCUCCUCUUCUGCAACUAUCUCCUCCAGUAAAGCUCAGACUUUUAACAUAAAACCUGAAUCUUUCUUCAAUCCAAAACUCCCGCCCAGAACCCUCUCCUCCAACAAGAAGUUCGAGGGCUCCUCCAACCUCGUCGACCUCAGAUACCACAUGGGUCCCGUCCUUUCUUCCUCUCCGAUCAAAAUUUAUCUUAUAUGGUACGGCCGAUGGUCUGCUCCUCAGCAGCUCCUCAUCAAGGACUUCAUUCUAUCAAUCUCUUCACUAGCUGAACCUUCCCCCUCUGUCGCCGAUUGGUGGCGCACCGUCUCUCUCUACACCGACCAAACCGGCGCCAAUGUCUCCAAAUCUUUGUUCAUUGCCGGAGAGUACUCCGACACGGCCUACUCUCACGGGAACCAGCUUACCCGGCUUUCUAUUCAGCAAGUAAUUGCCACCGCCGUGAAAUCCGCGCCACUCCCGGUGGACCACAGGAACGGGAUCUAUCUCAUCCUCACCUCACACGACGUCACCGUACAGGAUUUCUGCCGAGCAGUCUGCGGCUUCCAUUACUUCACCUUCCCCUCCAUGGUGGGCUACACCUUGCCGUACGCGUGGAUCGGAAAUUCCGCGAAGCAGUGUCCGGAGGUCUGCGCUUACCCAUUCGCAGUCCCGGGAUACAUGGGCGGAGGUGGGCCCGGAGCACUCAAAUCCCCAAAUGAUGACGUCGGAAUCGAUGGAAUGAUCAGCGUGAUAGCUCACGAGCUUGCAGAACUGACCACAAAUCCUCUAGUAAAUGCGUGGUAUGCCGGGGAGGACCCGACUGCUCCAACGGAGAUAGGAGACCUUUGUGAGGGUCUGUACGGAACGGGUGGCGGUGGUGGGUAUAUAGGGCAGGUGAUGAGAGACAGAAAAGGUAGGACCUUUAACAUGAAUGGAAGGAGAGGGAGGAGGUUCUUGGUGCAAUGGGUAUGGAGUCCAGUUCUUAAAGCUUGUGUCGGACCAAAUGCUCUUGAUUAGUUUAAAUCUUUUUGGAUGAGAUUCCAUGCUUUUGAAUCAUAAUCCUUGCUGGGUUUUUGAUUUGAUUUGAUUUGAAUUCUUCCUAUAUGGAUUGAUUUCAAGAUAGAUGGAUAUAGAGAAGAAGAAAUGUGGGUGGAGCUGCUGCUGCUGGUGGUGGAGGGAAGUGGCCAAGGGGGAUGAUUUUGCUUAUUGUAAUUUUUUGCUUCAUUAGUUGUUAAUUAUAGGUGUAUUUAUUUGUAUUAGAAUUUUAUGCAUUCAAAUAUAUACAAAUCCAGCUCAAUUUGAUCUCUCCACA